GGGAUCAGACGGGUGGCCCCGCCGACGGGGAAGCGGGAGCGCCCUGGGCACGGCUGCUGAGGUGCCGAGGGUUCCGCGGCGCAGGGCCGGUGGCUGGGAGCAGGCGGCCCCGGGGACGCCCGGCCCGCAUUCACUGGCUCUCUUCCCCCCGUUCUCUCUGGCGGAGCGGGAUGGUGCGCCCCGGGCGGGGCGGAGCGCGGCCCUCCCCUCUUCCUCUCGCGUUGGUUCCGCCCGGAGAGCGUUCGCAGCCGCCACCGCCGUCACCGCUCUCCGCUGCUGCUCCUGCCCGUCUCCGCUCCGGGCCGCUCGGGCGUUUUCUCUCUGCCUUAAAGUCGGGUGUCUUUUAUGAAUAAUCAAAAGCCGCAGAAGCCGACGCUAUCAGGCCAGCGUUUUAAAACCAGAAAAAGAGAUGAAAAAGAGAGGUUUGACCCUACUCAGUUCCAGGACUGUAUUAUUCAAGGUUUAACAGAAACUGGCACUGACUUGGAGGCAGUAGCAAAGUUUCUUGAUGCUUCUGGUGCAAAACUUGACUACCGUCGCUAUGCAGAAACGCUUUUUGACAUCCUGGUGGCUGGUGGAAUGCUGGCCCCAGGUGGUACCCUGGCAGAUGACAUGACACGCACAAACGUCUGUGUAUUUGCAGCACAGGAGGACCUAGAAACCAUGCAAGCAUUUGCUCAGGUUUUUAACAAGCUAAUCAGGCGUUACAAGUACCUGGAGAAAGGCUUUGAAGAUGAAGUCAAAAAGUUGCUGCUGUUCCUGAAAGGGUUCUCAGAGUCUGAGCGAAACAAACUGGCCAUGUUGACAGGCAUUCUGCUAGCCAACGGGACGCUUAAUGCAUCGAUUCUCAACAGUCUUUACAAUGAGAACUUGGUUAAAGAAGGUGUUUCUGCAGCUUUUGCAGUCAAGCUGUUCAAAUCAUGGAUAAAUGAGAAAGAUAUUAAUGCAGUGGCUGUCAGUCUUCGUAAAGUAAACAUGGAUAACAGGCUGAUGGAACUCUUCCCAGCCAACAAACAGAGUGUUGAACACUUCUCCAAGUACUUCACUGAAGCGGGACUGAAAGAACUCUCCGAGUACGUUCGGAACCAGCAAAGCAUAGGAGCUCGGAAAGAGCUGCAGAAAGAACUUCAGGAGCAGAUGUCACGGGGAGAUCCGUUCAAGGAUAUAAUCUUGUACGUGAAGGAGGAGAUGAAGAAAAACAACAUCUCAGAGCAGACUGUGGUAGCCAUAAUCUGGUCAAGUGUAAUGAGCACGGUGGAAUGGAACAAAAAGGAGGAGCUGGUAGCAGAGCAAGCCAUUAAGCACUUGAAGCAAUACAGCCCUCUACUUGCUGCCUUUACUACGCAAGGUCAGUCAGAGCUGACUCUUCUGUUGAAGAUUCAGGAGUAUUGUUAUGACAACAUUCACUUCAUGAAGGCCUUCCAGAAAAUAGUGGUGCUCUUCUACAAAGCUGAAGUUCUGAGUGAAGAACCCAUCCUGAAGUGGUACAAGGAUGCGCAUCUCGCAAAAGGAAAGAGUGUUUUUCUGGAGCAAAUGAAAAAGUUUGUUGAAUGGCUCAAGAAUGCUGAAGAAGAGUCGGAGUCUGAAGCUGAAGAGGGUGACUGACCUGUGAAACUCUGUCCUCAGUAAAGCAAACAGGAGCUGUAGAUACGUGUCAUGUCUCAUGUGUCCUUCUGGUUCUUACAUCCUACCUCCCUGUAUCAAGCAUGAUAUAAGGGCUCUCAUGGCAAUUUAUUUUAACUGUUUUCUAUAGUUAUUGGAAUACUGGGUUUAGUUUUUAAAACCAUGUUUUAAGUAGCUUACAGGAGCUAUCAUAGAUUUGACUCUAACCUGCAUUUGUCUUUUCAGUUAUAUUCUACCUCCUGUAUUUUCUACUGUAAUGAUGUAAUUUAAGGCCUUCCACAAUGAAAUCCAUUUUACCCCUUGGGUUUUCUAUCUCUAUUGGAGUAGACAUGAUAUGGUGAACGGGAUUUAUGGCAGCUCUGUUUGCAAAUUAAACUGUAAAAAGCCUCCAAAGCAAAGAGGCCAUGGCUUGUGUGGUAACUUGGUGUGACACUUCAAUCCGUACCACUUGUGCUAUAUAACCCCAUUCAUAGGUGGUUGUCCCUCUCCCCAAGGACUUUAUUGUCCCUUUACUAUACUUCCAGCAUAAAGCAAUCCUCAAUCCCAACAGCUGGGAGCUCAGUGUCCUGCUGCAGAGAAGCUGUUUUGGUGGCAGUGAAGGGUAACCAACCACAGGUAGGGCAUGCGGAGUGGCAGCUCUGAGCCUGCUGCCUGUCACAGCUGGUGGCCUGUGUUCCUGAGGGCCUGACAGGCUGCCCUGCAGCUGGGGCUCUGCCACUUCUCUCAUGGAAGAGAGAAUGUUCCAGACACAGCUGCCCAGGGCCUCUCUAGAGCCCUGGCCUGUGCUGGGGGCCAGGCUGGGGCAGCAGGACUGUGCUGCUCAGGUAAGGUGGAAGAAAACUACCCCCCUCCCUCUGAAGUUUAGAGGUUAUUUUAUGCUGGCAGUUGACAUGUUAAACCAAACACCACCUCUGCUCCCUAAAACUUGGAAUUCUUAAUGGAAAUUCUCAGGACAGUGUGUAAGUCCAGAAAGAUUUGGUGAGAGCGAAGCCUAUACAGUUGUAAGCUAAUAAUGAACAUUAACUGAAAUCCUGGUAACCACAGUAUACCUACUAAAAUUGCAAAAAUAAAUAAAUGGGUGAUCAUAAUGCAGUCUGUUCAGUACUACAGUCAUCUUCACUACUUUGUAAUUUUUUUUUUAAACAAAUAAAGGCCAUCCUUACACUUAA